AUGGCUGCCGCCGGCCUGGGAGGAAGGCUUUUGACACUGCCGGCGGCAGCCCUACCCAAGUCACCGUCACUUUCGCUACAGGCAGCAGCUCCCAUCCGAGGGAAGCCUAAGAAAUAUCUGGUCUAUCCGCAUCCACCGAAGAGCUCCCGCCUGUCCCCGUCGGUUCUGCGCUGGCUCCAGGGCCUGGAUCUCACCUUCUUUCCUAGGAACGUCAACAGGGAUUUUUCAAAUGGCUUCCUGAUUGCAGAAAUAUUCACUAUAUAUUACCCCAGGGACCUUAAAUUGUCAUCCUUUGAAAAUGGAACUUCUUUGAAAGUCAAGUUGGAUAACUGGGCACAGUUGGAGAAGUUCCUGGCAAGAAAAAGACUUAAAUUACCUAAAGAGCUAAUCCAUGGAACAAUUCAUUGCAAAGCUGGAGUACCUGAAAUACUAAUACAAGAGGUUUAUACUUUGCUAACGCAUCGAGAAAUUAAAAGUAUCCAGGAUGACCUCGUGAAUUUCACAGACUACAGUUACCAGAUGCGUCUGCCCCUGGUUCCUAGCUCCACAGCUUCCAAGUCGAUUAAAGAUAACAUUAGGUCAUCAGAGAUAAAAAGCAAUCCCAACACGCUCAGCAAUGAACUUAAAGUAGAAUUCCUCUUCCUUUUACAAAUGUUGCAAAGAAAAUUAAGGAGAAAAUUGAAUCCCAAAUGGUUUGAGGUCAAACCAACAGUGGGAGAACUUACUCUUGACCACCUUCCAACCCAUGGCUCUCGGUGCAAAUAUAAUUCCAUGAUUUCAAGGGAAAGAGUUGCUCCUGUUUUACUUUCACCUUCAGAUUCUGGGAACACAUCCUCUCCUUCAACCUGCCUCAACCUUCUUCCAACAGUGACGCCUGCAGGGAGAGCUCCAGCAGGAAACACAGGUACUGUUGGCAAUCCACUUAGAAGAAUUCAUGUCAAACAAGCUGGAAAAUACUCUUUUGAAUCUGCCAUGAACCCUAUCACAAACACGAAAAAGUAACCUUGAAAAGCACGUGUCCAAUGGCUUUGAGGAUGUAAUGCAGCGUCUCCUGCCAUCCCAGAGGGUCUAAUCACCUGGGUGUGGGUAUAUAAGUAAAUUAAAGCCAUGUCUUAUCCAUAAUUGGGCUCAAAACGUGUUUUUUUUUUUUUUUUCAAUUCAACAACCACGUAUUAAAACACCUGUGCCAGGUACUGUUGAAAAUGCAAAAUCAACAGAGAAGGAGCAAAAAUCA